AUGCUCGACACUCUACCUGACGACAUCCUUUAUAUCGUCUUCUCUCAUCUAGAAUCGGCAAAUGCCAUUCGAGCUCUGUCUCUCACCAGCAGGCGCCUCAGGAAUACCAUUCAAGCCAAAGACGAGGGCUGGCGCAUCUUCGUCCGCUCUCGCUUCCCAUCCAUACCUUUGCCGUCGCUCUCCUCCUCUUCGCCUUACACAUGGCAUCAUCUCGCCGACUCCCUGACCUGGCAGGACCGUGCCUGGGCGCGCCGUUCUCUGACCUUCCAAGCCAUGUUUCCCAGACCAAUACCACGUCAGCGUACCCACAGACUGCGCACUCCGGCUCCUUUCCAUCCAGUGCUGGAUGCCCGUCUUGAUUUUACCACAGGGGAGGAGCUGGUCAUAUGGGGCGCAGGCGAGGACCUCAUCGCGCGCAGGAGACAGGGCAGUUCUGGUGGUCCUUCUGCGUCUUCAGAGGGGACGGUCUGGCACCAGAUCGUCGGAGGGGAUGUGGGCCACAGGGCCGGACCUGACGACUUCAAGACCAUGUCCAUUAUCGAGGACGUGACGUGGGGUGUCGUAACAGGACGGUACAAUGGGCAGUUGACGCUCUUGAGUGCCGGUGCGGGCAGCUUUGGAGAAAGCAUCGCAGACUUCCACCCUCGAUACCUUGAGGAGAGGCCUGCUAAGUGGAGGCAGGAUACGGUCAACUCUGUCGACAUCCUCCGCCGCAGGAAUCUCAUGGCCUCUACUUCCAAGUCUGGCGUCUUUCUCUACCAGCUGCCCGGAGACCCCGGUGCUACUGUUGCGCCGUCGUCUUAUCUCGACCUGGCUGCUGAGCACGGGGACGCUUCUCAAGUGACUGUAUACCAGGCCAAGUGGAUGGGAGAAGAAGAAGGAGUUCUUGCGCUUGGCCUCUCAGGCACGGCUCCUGCAUUGAAGUAUGCGAGGCUCACCCCGACAGGACUUGCAGAUGUCACGGCCGUGAAGACCCCCCUUGUUGAAGACACGUCCAACAUUAAGCGCUAUGACAGCAAGCUCUGCCACAGGUCCCUGACACCCGUCGAUGCGUCGUCGAUCGCUGGAGGAAGAGGCGCGAACCUACUUCUCAGUGCCUGGCGCGAUGGCAUGAUACGUCUACAGGACAUCCGCACCCCGUCGCCCCUAGACUCUGUGUUUUGCGACAACAUUGAUCCGCUAUCCUCGCCCGACGCACUGCUCCCCUUUGGCACAACUCAUUUCGUAGCCGGCUAUGGCGGCGGUAGCGGUACCACCGUCAAGAUCUUCGACUUCCGCUGGCCGCGGCAGUACCACCACACUACGGCACUACCCUGCGGACCCGAAUCGCCGAAACCCAAACCCGGCCAAGCGUUCCUCGCCCCGCCACGCGAUGAUCCAGGCACAUGGGCCUUGGCGUGUGACCAUGUCGCCGGGCGUACGUGUCGCUGGCACAAGCUGUCGCGGAGCCUGUUCUACCGGCCGAAUGCCAACUUCCUCAUCUCCAAGGCUCUGCCUCGCUCGGCUGCAUACUCUAGCAUCUGGAGCAUGGCGCGUGCCUCGCCGCUCUCGCCCAACUUCUACAUCGGCGUUGGGGGUGGCAUCGUGGAGGCGAGCCUCGCCGUAGCAGCCUCUUCUGAGAAGUUUUCCUCCGGCCUGGAGGUCGACCCGCACUUCGGGCACAGCUCAGCUGUGUCGUGGGGCGGCGGCCCUGGCGGCGGGCCUGACGAUGUGAUGGGCGCGCAGUACAGGAGGCACGCAGUCGAGGCGUCGCUGAUGGAGACGGGCGAUGGGCUGUAUGAUGAGCGGAAUGAGAGCAUGAUCAGGUUUCCACCGGUCCGGCUCCGGGGUGGAACUGGGUAUGAGGAGCGGAGAGCAUGCGAUGGGAUGCCGGAUAGGCUCUUACGCAUUCACCGGCUCGAUCCAGCAUAUCGACUACAAGCUGACUUUUUCGGCAGACCAUUUCCAUGAAAGAAAAAAAGAUAUUUAUCG